AUGGCGCCUGGUGGGAACCAGAGCAGUGAUGUGAUGGAGUUCAUCCUGGCAGGUUUCCCCCAUCUCAAGAGCACAAAGGCAGAACUGUUUUCUGUCUUCCUUCUGAUCUACCUGCUGACUCUAACAGGCAAUGCUCUGAUUGUCGGGGUGGUAGGAGCUGAUACUCACCUACAGACUCCCAUGUACUUCUUUGUGGGUAACCUGUCCUGCCUAGAGAUCCUGCUCACUUCCGUCAUCAUUCCCAAGAUGCUGAGCAAUUUCCUCUCAAGACAACACACGAUUUCCUUUGCUGCAUGCAUUACCCAAUUCUAUUUCUAUUUCUGCCUUGGAGCUUCUGAAUUCCUGCUGCUGGCUGUCAUGUCUGUGGAUCGCUACCUGGCCGUCUGUCACCCUUUGCACUACCCCUUGCUCAUGACUAGUGCUGUGUGCUCGCGGGUGGCCUUGGCCUGCUGGCUGGGUGGCCUCCUCCUUGUACUUGGCCCCAUGAUGGCUGUGGCCCUGCUUCCUUUCUGCGAACAAGAUGCUGUGGUGCAGUACUUUUUCUGUGACUGUGGCCCACUGCUGCGCCUGGCAUGCACCAACACUGGGAGGCUGGAGGAAACUGACUUUGUCCUGGCCUCACUUGUUAUUGUCUCCUCACUGAUGAUUACUGCUGUGUCCUAUGGCCACAUCGUCCUGACUAUCCUGCACAUCCCCUCUUCUUCAGGCCGUCAGAAGGCCUCCUCUACCUGUACUUCUCACCUGAUGGUGGUGACCCUCUUCUAUGGAAGUGCCAUUUUUCUCUAUGUGCGGCCAUCACAGAGUGGCUCUGUGGGUACUAACUGGGCAGUGACGAUGGUAACAACAUUCAUCUAUGCCUUGCGCAAUGAGUGA